CGCGACCUCUGCGUCUGUAAAACGGAGCAGUGAACGACGUGAAGUCAGGCAGGAGCCCGGGGCGCCGGGCAGGCCUGGCACGUGCUGGGGAGGGGUGAGGAGGGCUCAUGGCAGCGCUCAGACCCGUCCUCCCCUUUCCAGGCUUUUUGGCCCAGCCCACUGAGGUGAAGAUUACGGGGGUCACCUGGCGCAGUGUGAGAGCUGGCAGAGGCAAAGCCGGCCACCUGCUCCCCAAAUCCUCUCCUCCAAGAGACCCCCAAUAAAGAGCCGGGAGGAAACCCCAGGGCCCCUCGGCGCUCCCCGCGGGAGAGCAAUGGUUCUGGAAGCCGCACCCUCCCCGGAUCCCUGGGGCGGCUGCUCGGCGCCCGCCGGGAGCCUCCGCCCCCUCCACCUCCUCCCGCGGCGAGGCGGCGCGCGAGCUGGAGCCGGUGCGCAGUGCCGCCCGCACCUCGUCCCCGGCCCGUCCCCGGCCCGUCCCCGCCCGGUCCCCGCCGCCGCCGCCCGCUCGUCCCUCCGCUGCCGCCCGCCGCGAUCCGGCCUCCUGCGCCCGGGACCCGAGAGAGGAAACAAUCCCUUUCAACCAUCCCAUCAGCGGCCAUUUCCGGGCCCUGCAGCGGCCUCCCUAACCCAGACACUGGGAAAAUGCAAAUGCCGAGACCGAAAUCCCAUGAGAGUCUGGAAAAGAAAUGGACGUGAACGUCACUUAUGCCAGCUUUCAGGGACUUCCCCGCCACCGAGGAGGCCCAGCCUUUGAACCGGCUUGAGCCACAUCCCGCAAGCAAGAUGGCGUCAGAGAGCCCGGCCCCUUCCCCGAGCCCAUGAGGGGCGAGGCCCCUUGAGGCCCAAAGAUGGGGAACGUCACUGAGAACUCGUCGCUGAGCUGUCCCAUCGACCACACCAUCCACCAGACUCUGGCCCCGGUGGUCUACGUGGCGGUGCUGGUGGUGGGCUUCCCGGCCAACUGCCUGUCCCUCUACUUCGGCUACCUGCAGAUCAAGGCCCGGAACGAGCUGGGCGUGUACCUGUGCAACCUGACGGUGGCCGACCUCUUCUACAUCUGCUCGCUCCCCUUCUGGCUGCAGUACGUGCUGCAGCACGACAACUGGUCGCACGGAGACCUGUCCUGCCAGCUGUGCGGCAUCCUCCUCUACGAGAACAUCUACAUCAGCGUGGGCUUCCUGUGCUGCAUCUCCAUCGACCGCUACCUGGCCGUGGCCCACCCCUUCCGCUUCCACCAGUUCCGCACCCUGAAGGCGGCCGUGGGCGUCAGCGCGCUCAUCUGGGCCAAGGAGCUGCUGACCAGCGUCUACUUCCUCAGGCACCAGGAGGUGGUGGAGGACGACAAGCGGCACCGCGUCUGCUUCGAGCACUACCCGCUGGAGCCGUGGCAGCGCGGCAUCAACUACUACCGCUUCCUGGUGGGCUUCCUCUUCCCGCUGUGCCUGCUGCUGGCCUCCUACCAGGGCAUCCUGCGGGCCGUGCGCCGCAGCCACGGCACCCAGAAGAGCCGCAAGGACCAGAUCCAGCGGCUCGUGUUCAGCACGGUGGUCAUCUUCCUGGCCUGCUUCCUGCCCUACCACACCCUGCUGCUGGUGCGCAGCCUCUGGGAGGCCAGCUGCCAGUUCGCCAGGGCCGUCUUCAACGCCUACCACUUCGCCCUGCUCCUCACCAGCUUCAACUGCGUGGCUGACCCCGUGCUGUACUGCUUCGUCAGCGAGUCCACCCACAGGGACCUGGGCCGCCUGCGCGGGGCCUGCCUGGCCUUCCUCACCUGCGCCAGGACCGGCCGGGCCAGGGAGGCCUACCCGUCGGGCACCCCCGACGCCUCGGGGAAGAGCGAUGAGCCCGAGUUGCUGACCAGGCUCCACUCGACCUUCCAGACCCCGAACUCGCCUGGAGCGGGCGGGACCCCCGCGGGCGGCUUGGCCUAGCCAGGGUCCCGCCGUGUGGGGCCAAGUGAGGCCUGAGCUUGCCCGCCGCCUGCUGCCCGCGUGGCCAAGCACAGGUGGGAGCGAUGGGGGCCUGGGCCGCCAUGAGACCUCUCUGGUCC